AAGGCUGCUGAGACUCAACAAGCAAAGCUUACCACAGCGGUAGCGCAGAUAAAGCUCUUUUCAUUCGAAUUUAGCUAUGGGGCGUCUAGUUUAAAAAGGUUGGGAUAUGUCUUUGUAGCGAGUAGGACGUUUGUCUAAAAUAUGCUUGAACCUCUUCUUGUGGUCUUUUUAAUUAAGGCGAAGUAAGUUAAGCUAAACUUGAGCGGUUCACUUUAUUGAUUUCAACAGGACGUUCCCUGCAGCUAUGUUGCGUUCUGCGGUUGCCUGGAUACCUUCGGCCGUCGAAGCUCGUGGAAUUAGCUAGAUAGCUAGAAAACUGACUGGCUGUGCGGCCUCGUAACCGUUAACGUUUAUUCACAAACGACUUUUUUGCCUUGGCUGCGUCCAAAACCAGUUGUUACCACACUAAAAAGUAUGUGAAAAUAUGACUCCACAAUUAACGUUAGUAAUAGAGUCAUUAGUAUAGUACUCAUAUAAUAGUGUAGUGUGUGGUUCUGGACGCGGCCCCUCUCAUCAUCAGCCCCAAACAAACUAUGUUUGGUUUAGUAGCUGCACGGCUGAGCCUGCUUAACAAGACGCGUUCGCAGGGAUUUAUCUACCUCACAUCUUCGUUCAUAAUUGCUUUUUUGACUAGUUAGGUUAACGUGCUGAUAAGUCAGUGGAAGCAUGGACGGCGGCACCACUGUCAACUGUGUCGAGGACAAGGCAAAGAUAGCAACGGACAAGGGCUACAUGCCUUACAUGGAAAUGAAGUCAAGCAAGAAUUUUCACCCAGAGAAGGAAGACUCUGAGGCUCACAGUAAAACCACAUCACGACCCAAGCAGAAUAAAGAAGAAGGCUAUGGCCUGAGUUUGCAGCUGGGAGAAGAGUAUGAAAGGAAGAAACAAAAGCUGAAGGAAGAACUUCGUCUGGACUACAGGCGUUAUGUAGCUGAGAAAAGAGAAUUUGGUGCUGGUGAGGCAUUCCCUCAACCCCAAACACAGUCUGUUCUCAUCAGAGAGAGAAGAUCUGGCAAGGACAAGCUGCGAGAUGACCGAAUUGGAGAAAACGAGCUCUUUCUCCGAGGGCAAGAAGAAACACAGAAAAUAAGGAAAACUGCAAAAACACCACAGGCUCCAGGCAGAGAUCUUUUUGGCUCCACAGCUACCAGACAUACACUACUUUCUCCAGAAUUACGAGGGCAAAAGAGCAGCCCGAGCCCAGAGAGGCUGCUGUUCUCCAGGAGGGACGUUGGCACAGUAACAGAGCCGGCAGUCAGGGCUGCACCGAGGCCACCACGGAAACACUGGGAGGAGACGGUGGAGCGCUGGGACAGAAGGCCCAGGCGCCGUUACAGCACUGAGGAAGAGCUGGACUCUGAGGAGGAGCAGGAGGAGCUUGAGCUUCUGCAGAAGAGCAAACCCAGAAACCGCCAGGAGCCUGCACAGCCAGGCAGGAGAGAGAGGAGGCUUCACCACACAGCAAACAGAGUUGCCCAGGAGAGGAGAGAAGUGGAGGUACCUACAGUUAAUGAAGAGGAAUAUCAAGAGGAGAACAACCGAACCCCACUGGCAACAUUUAAAACCAACGUACCAGCACAGGCCCGAGCCACUAGCAAGAAGAACAUGGCUGAUUUUGCCACAGGACUUAUGAUUGGUGCUGCUGAGGAAGAGGAGGCCACUCAGAGGAGAAAGGCACGUUACCGACAGGAGCUACUGGAGCAAAUGGCGGAACAGCGGAAGAAUAAGAGGAAGGAAAAGGAGCUUGAGUUAAGAGUUGCAGCUACAGGAGCCAUCGACCCAGAGAAACAGUAUGUGACAGACUGCUUGACUGGUCUCCCCCAGCCUGACAGGAUCAAACAGUUUGGUGCUGUGAGACGGGAGUAUGAAGGCAGGAGGCGGGACGUGCCCUACAGGCCAGGACUGGGGCUGGACACGCUAGGGGCAGACUCGGAUAGGAAAACCCAAGAGGAGAAGUCUCUGCAGGGGUUAGAAGAAAAAAAAGAGCCUCCUGAGAGGCCCCGUGUGGCCUUCCAGUCUCCAAUCCUGGAGUACAGUGCAGCUUUGGGGCACUUGGCUAAUGCAGCAGGUCCAGGUUUUGGGGCUGAGGCUGGGGCCUGGCAGGGUGUUGGAGGGAUUACCCCCUUUAGUGAAGACUUUCAGAAAGGCCUCUCAGGAACUCUUGGAGAAAUGGUUAGCCCCAGAGUUACAGGAGUUCCUCCUCCACUAGCACCUGCACUCUCAGAGGUAUACUCCACUCCAUAUGAUGAUGCCUACUAUUACUAUGGAGCCAGGAAUCCCCUAGAUCCUAAUUUAAACUACUAUGGGCCUCCUGCAGCUGCAGUACCUUCGUUGCCUAAUCUUCCCUCUGGAGCACAUACAUCCAUCCUGCAGCCUCCUGCUGGACUGCUUGCACAAUCAACUUCACAGCAUGGCGUUGCCCUCUCUGGAAUGGGGAUUGGGAUGCUUCCUCCUGACAGGCAUCAGCAGCCCAAAGAAAACGCUCUGAGCUACAAGGAAGCACUUAAACAACAGAUUGAAGAGAGGCAGGAGAGGAGACGGCGAGAAAGAGAGGAGAGAGACCACUAUGACGCUAAACUGGAGGCUGAGAUGAAAGUCUAUGAACCCUGGGGGAGAGGAGGAGGUGGAGCUCCACUGAGAGAUGACCGAGGCAACCUCAUAAGCGAUCUGAAGCGAAUGCACAGGACGAAUGAGGAGGCAUACAUGAACCCAGAAUCCCGUGGUAGAAGAGCCACAGAACCAGCGGCUCUGAUCAGAGCCAUAUCAAGAGCAGAGGACAAGGACCCUGCUGCAGACAAAGUACCAGGUUUCACCUUUACCCAGCCCUCACCAUACGCCCGAGGCAAUGUCUUCACAGACCGUCCCACGCCCCAGCAGCUCCAUGAGCAGGAGAAGUACAAAGAAAGUCUAAAACAGCAGAUUGAGGAAAAGCGGAGGAUGGAUGCAGAGAGGAGGGAGAGGUUGAGGCUGGAAGAGGAGCGGGAGGAGAAGAGGCUGGCGGAGCAGAGGGCACGGAUCCAGAGGGAGUAUGAGGAGGAACAGGAAAAGAAGAAACGGAAGGAGAUGGAGCAAAGUGCCAAAAAUCAGGAGAUUAUCCGGCAAGCUGAGGAACGGCGCAAAGAGGCCGAGGUGAAGAGGAAAGAAGAAGAGGCAAAGGAGAGUGAGGCUGUCAGACAGCAGUACGAGCGAGAGAGGCAAGCGCGGCUGGAACAGGACCACCGGUCGGAGUCCCCACCCAUCCCCGCUGUGCAGAAAAGACUCGGCUAUCAGCCUCCUCCGAGACCACCUUCACUGGACAGCCAGCGCUCGGCUGCCAUUCUUUCUGCUUCCUCACUUUCAACUCCUCGCUCCCCCCCAGUGCCUGCACGGAGGAACCAAAUCAGAGCAACAGAGGAACAGCAAGGUGUGAUCAGCGAAUUGUCGGUCCUGCGUAGGCGCCUGAGAAGUGAGCAGAGGCGUCUUGAAGGGCAGUUACUGCAGUCAGACAGAGAAGACACACAAAGUCCCAUGAAGAGCAGAGACCACCCGCCGCUGGAUGUUUUUGACAUGGCCAGACUGCGCAUGCAGGUUCCUGCUAGAAGACCCCCCUCAAACACAAGACCGAUUAACACGCAAAACAUAGAAGAUUUCAAUCAACUCAAGUACAGAGACAGUGAGUCUCGCGAGCAAGUGAGGCAGGCGUAUCCAGAUCCGCCCAGUGAUGAGGCCAGUCUGGAGCUCCAGCAGCAGGCUCUGCUCCGAGAGCAGCAGCGCAGACUCAAUAACAUGAGGAGAGCCAGAGUCAACGAUUACUUUGACCUGUCGUCUCCGAUGAAGCCUCCUAAUCAGCGGAAGGAGCGCCGCACUGAAGAGGCAGAGAGACACUCCCUGCUACAGUCCGAGAGUGCUUUUAUUGAUGCUAAUGGUUAUUCAUUCUCAACAACACCUCAGCCAGAGCGGAGGGCUGGCCAGAGCUCUGCUAGAGAGAGGAGACGGCAAGCAAGGACAGACUUUGAUGAUGGCUUGGAGACCCCCAGCAGAGAGAGGAACGGCCAGUCUCUCGGCUCAGCGAGCAGCUUUCAACUGGACAGAGUCCGAGAGCACAACCAGCGCAGGAUGAGAGCACUAGACGACAUGAGUGCGCAGGGCUGGAGAUCAGGAGAAAUAUCUGCUGAUGAAGAGGACGACCUUUGGCAGCAGACUCCGUCACCGGCCCCUGCUAGGCGUGUUUCUACGACAACAGUUGCUACGGAGCCCUGGCUACGCCCCGGCACCACUGAGACACUGAAGAGGUUGAUGGCGGGUCGCAGGCCAUCCAGCCGCGGCCCGCUGAAUCGCGAGUGGGAGGGGCCGUCCACCUAUCACGGUUAAGCUCAGGGUCAUCACGGUAACACUAGAGUGCACUUUCUCCAUAUUGAAUCCCCUUUUCCCCCACCAUAGAAGUCAUAUGUACAACCAAAGAAGUCUGUUUAUUUCUCUAAUUUGCUCCACCCACAAAUGUCUUUCAUAGCAACUGUUGCUAGGCUGGAUGAACUACAGAAUAUUGGGACAAUCCUGUUCAAUUUAAUGAGAAAUUGCAGCACACAGGUUUGUCAGAAUUAUUCACAUCUGACUGUUAUGAUGUUUGAAUCACUGCACUGUCACCACAACCUUGUGUCAACUUUGUGGUGUUCUAGCUAAUUAAAACUAGGCAGGGGAAUUCCACCAGUUUUUAAAAUUUCUGCAUAAUUCAUUCAUUCAUAGUGGUCUGAUGUGAAAUGGUUCAUUGUAGAGAAAUGUAACAAUUCAGAUUCUUUUAUAGUGGUGGUGAUCGGAAUCAGGGGUCACCCAAAUAUGUCUGUCAAAAUAUUACAGGUAUGUAACACGUUUUCUGAGUUUUAUUAUGUAAUGCAGAUAAUCAUAAAAGAAUAGUAAGUCUGGGUACUGUAGUGCCUCUCUUUCACGUUUCUGCCAUGAAUGGAUUAAAAUAAAGGUUUAACCUUCUCAAAAUUAACAAAAACAAUGUCUCAGGCAUCAGGCAGUGAAUUCAUAAUUAUUUCAUGUAAUAACUUUGUGAGAGGGAUUUUAGAGGCAUUAAACUCUUCAGACGUCUGGUUCCUAGCACCAUCACUUUGCACAAUUCUGACUACGUUUUUCUGUAACAGAGCAUUUCACAUCAAACCACUCACCACUCUGAAUGACACUGUCUACAUCUUAAGUAUUAUGUUAAAAAAAAAAAGGAAUUCUUCUUUUAAUAACAAACUCUAAACUGAUGUAUUGACAAAAAACAGUUUUACUGGUUUUUAACAGCUUGUCCAACCUAACAGCAGGUGUUUUUAGAAGAAUGCAUUUGUGGCCGGAGCAUAGAUGACUAAUUCAAUGACUGAGCCCUGCUUGGUUUCUC